AUGGAACUGAACUCAAAUUGCAUAAGCCACACACAAACCUUGGAGUUCAAAGAUCUAUCGACUAAGCCCCCGCCGCAACCUCCGCCAGAGAUAGAGAAAAAGAAAUAUGUACUGCACUCAGAGAAAGAAAACUAUGAUUUCGUCGCUUAUAGAUCUACGAGGAAACCUACUAAUGUGCUAGAGUCAACAGGGCAUCUAAUAAAAGGCUGCCUCGGCGGCGGCAUUCUGGGCAUACACGAGGCAUACAUGAAGUGCGGACUAUGGACCUCUUUAAUAGUCACAAUAGUCUUUGGUUUCUACAUCACUUAUUGUGUUCACAUAUUAGUAAAAUCAGCACAAAUGUUGUACAAAAGGCUACACAUACCUGAAAUGUCGUAUCCAGACGUCGCCGAGGCUUCGUUAGAAGUGGGACCGUUCCCAAAAUUAAGAAAAUACAGCAAAUGGUUCAGAUACGCGGUCGAUAUAACUAUAUGCAUAGACCUAUUCGGAGCUUGUUGUGUCUACCAGAUCAUAAUAGCGAAGACCAUUAAACAAUUAGCAAUGAACAGCACUGAAGUCCCUGCGGAAGAUCUGAAUUACCUCAGGCUUUAUAUUUUCGCCCUCUUGGUGCCCAUAUUGCUGUUAUGCAUGAUCACAACUUUGAAGUAUUUGGCACCUUUCACCUUGAUUGCUGAUGUGUUUAUUGUGGCCUGCGUCAUAGCAACAGUAUACUACAGUCUUCGCGAAGCUCCAAACAUCUCCGAAGUGCCAUCAUGGAAAGGAGUGAUAGGGUUCUUCGAGUUUUGCGGUAUUGUGGUGUUCAGUAUGGAAGGGAUUGGAGUAUCGCUACCAAUUGAGAAUAAUAUGAAGGAUCCUAAGAAAUUCCCUUUGGUGUUAUGUGGGGGCAUGUCCGUGGUUGUAUCAUUUCUGAUUCUUGUGGGAUUCUUCGGAUACUGGGGUUUUGGAGAAAAUUCUCGAUCACCAGUCACGUUGAACUUCCCUCCAGAUGUAUUCCCAACAAUCCUCAAGUGCCUAAUGGCAGUGAUGAUAUUCGUGACGUUCGCCCUAAACUUCUGGGCUCCGUUCAACCUGGUGUGGCACUACGUGUCUAGGAAGCAUGAUCCCAAACGCUACUGGCUGUGGGAGAGGGUGUACAGAGCUAUAUUUAUUGUUGUCAUCACGGCUAUAGCGAUUGCCUUCCCGAAUAUUGGUAACUUGAUGGGUUUGCUCGGAGCUUUCUGUCUAUCCAACAUGGGCUUCAUAUUCCCAGCGAUCAUCGAACUUCUGGUGGUCUGGGAGAACCCAGGACUUGGCAGAUACAAAUGGCGAUUAUGGAAAAAUGUAUUCGUUCUUAUUGUAGGCGUGUUAUUAUUUGUAGCAGGGACCUAUUCUAAUGCUAAGGGAUUAAUAGCAAAUUUAUAAAUUGUAUUUUAUA